CUAACCCUCACAUCUUUUUCUCUCCCUCUCUCAUUCAGCCGCCUUACCCAUAUUCCAUUUCUCCCAAUCUCUGUCUCGCAUCCCUGUCUCUCCCAUGGUCUCUCUCGAUGACUCACCCUCUCCAUCUCUUAGCCCCACUCUGUUUAUCUAUCUAUAUCUCUAUCUCUAUCUCGAUCUCUAUCUCUCUCUCUCUCUCUCUCUCUCUCUUUGUAUCAGCCAUCGCCAACGGUGUGGUGGGCUCAACAACAAAGGCGAAGGCGGAGGCAGAGGCAGAGCAGGCUGUGGGUUAGGAUGUUAUAAUACACAGAGUUGUGGUGGUGCGUGGCAUGGUUGGUGGUGCAACGGGGCUUGCCAACCCUCAACAGCAAUUGAGAGAUUGGCAGAGGCGUCUCUUCCAAGAAUGCCACAACAUCGAACGCCAAAUUAGAGAUGUUCAGAGAGAGAAGGGUGUGGAAAAAGCCAUUAAAGAGGCUGCCAAGAGAAAUGACAUGGGCUCAGCCAAGGUGUCAGUGAAAAUGCCUCAAUGGACUAAUAUUGUUGCGGUGUCCAUGCCACGCCUCAAUGUACUCAUCUUUUUUAUUUGCAAGGAAGCUAAGGAUACAUUUGUUCAGAUUGAUCAUACUUUGGGCUAUAUUGUUCAUUAAGUUAGGAAUCUUUGUUUCUUUCUUGGUAUUGAUUAAAUGUAUAAUAAAUCUUGGAUACUAUAUGACAUCUCAUUGAGUAUAAGUUUUGUAAUUAUCUCAUUGAAUUUAUAAGUUUUGUUAUUUUACUCUAUAA